UACCCAAAAUAACACCUCCUCUUGUUCAGCACCCAAAGUCGAAGGAAAGCUCUGCUCGUGGGCCUUUCAAUGGAGCAAAGUGUUACGUUUGUCACUGUUGUAUAAUAUUACCCACUUCUCCUUCUCCCCCACCUUUUUUUAAACGGAAUUUUCUUGCAUUCAAUGCUGAGGGGGGCCGAAGUAUAGCGUCAAACAUGCGUAAAAAUCAACGCCAUCCAAGCAGGGAACCACCGAGAGAGGAUUUAACGCCGCUCAACUGAGGCCAACCUCGAAUCAUUAUUCUUUUCCCUUUCCCCGUUUUGUCCUUCUCGCUCAAAUAAGGAAACGUAGCUCCGCAGAGAAGCUUCUCGGGGCUUUUCGACGACGACAAGCCGGCAAAGAUUGGAUCCGGACUGGUGGAACGACGGGAUAACCUGUAGGCAGCAAUGGGUGCGUUCCUGGACAAGCCGAAGACCGAGAAGCACAGCGCCCACGGCGACGGCAACGGCCUUCGCUACGGCCUGAGCUCCAUGCAGGGCUGGCGGGUGGAGAUGGAGGACGCCCACACGGCCGUGGUCGGCCUCCCCCACGGACUCACCGACUGGUCCUUCUUCGCGGUCUACGACGGCCACGCCGGCUCCCGCGUGGCCAACUACUGCUCCGGCCACCUGCUGGAGCACAUCUUGUCCGGCGGCGCCGAGUUCAGCUCGGGGCCCGGCUCCGUGGAGGGCGUGAAGGACGGCAUCCGGGCGGGCUUUCUGAAAAUCGACGAGUACAUGCGCAGCUUCUCCGACCUGCGGCAGGGCCUGGACCGCAGCGGCUCCACGGCGGUGUGCGUGCUGCUCAGCCCCAGCCACCUCUACUUCAUUAACUGCGGAGACUCGCGGGCCGUGCUGAGCCGAGACAACAAGGUGGGCUUCUCCACGCAGGACCACAAGCCCUGCAACCCGCGCGAGAAGGAGCGGAUCCAAAAGGCCGGCGGCUCGGUCAUGAUCCAGAGGGUAAACGGCUCUCUGGCCGUUUCUCGGGCCCUGGGGGACUAUGACUACAAAUGCGUGGACGGCAAGGGGCCCACAGAGCAGCUGGUGAGCCCCGAGCCCGAGGUGUGCGUGCUGGAGCGGGCGGCCGAGGGGGACGAGUUCGUGGUGCUCGCCUGCGACGGCAUCUGGGACGUCAUGUCCAACGAGGAGCUGUGCGAGUUUGUGCGUUCGCGACUUCUGGUGUGCGAGGACCUGGAGAAGGUGUGCAACGCGGUGGUGGACACCUGCCUCCACAAAGGGAGCAGAGACAACAUGAGCGUGGUCCUGGUGUGUCUACCCGGCGCUCCCAAAAUCUCAGAGGAGGCCGUCAAGAAAGAGGAAGAGUUGGACAAAUAUCUGGAGGCCCGCGUCGAGGAGCUCCUCGCCAACUGCGGCGAGGCCGGAACGCCCGACCUGGUGUCCGUGCUGAGGAGCAUCGCCACAGAGAACAUCCCCAACCUUCCACCGGGUGGAGGCCUGGCUAGCAAACGAAGCGUGAUCGAAGCAGUGUACAACAAGCUGAACCCUCACAAAGAAGAAGAAGGGUGCGCCAGCGAGCCGGAAGACCCCUGGUAGCCGUGGCGACCGCCUGCGUCCCCCUCCGCCGAGGCGCUGGAUUGCAUCCGGAGCAGGAGGAGGAGGAGGAAGAGGCUCUCCCUUGCGCCAUGUUCUUUCUCCACUUUAAGGGGACUUUUGGUGUGUGUUGGAGUGUGUCGGUUGUGUGCGCGCACGUUGUGUGUGUGUGUGUGUGUGUGCGCGCGCGCGCGCCUGUGCAGGUGGGACGACAACAUGACGCGCAUCCACACAUGCAGACCGCCUCAAAUUGGGAAGGGGAAAUUGUCAAGAUUUUAUGGACUGAAGCAUUGUGAUGGUCAAGAUUUUUACUUUUUUUUUUUUUUUCCUCCUCCCUGAAUAAUCGACGCCUGACUUCACAAUGCCGUGAGGACCGCGCGUGUGUCACAGUUUGUCAUUUUUCUUUCCCCCCCUUCUUCCACGCCAAACACGCAUUAACACUUUCCGCACGUGCUGUAUGUGUUGUGCCACCCACGCAGGCCGCGCUGCAUGAGGACUCCACAUGUUCAAAGACAUGUCAUUGAUUGAUUGACACUGACUGACUCCGCCCCCCUGACCCCGCCCCCCUUCAGCAGCUUCUGGACUCUUGAGGUGAUGAUCAGACAUUAAGGAAAGGCAGAAUGGAUCUUGUGGACGUGGGUAAGCGUUUAAAAGGGGUGCUUAAGAGUGUAGUAUCACUGGUUGGACUUUCUGAUUGUUGGUGAGGGGGGAGGGGGCCGUGACCUUACGUACCCUCCCUUUCCUAGCACACUUGGAAGUGCACAUGGCGGCAUGUUGUUUCAAUUGUUUUUUUUUUUCCUCCAUCGUCCAUGAGGUUCCUUAGCCGCUCGCUUCGUAGAGUGAGUGAAGUGGUCGUUUUAAAAAUAAUUCAGUACGUUUCUGGUUCUCAUGUUUGUAUUGCUGUUGUUUGUUUGUUUGUUUGCACUCAACAUUUGAUUACAGAAAAAAGCGUCUAUAUAUUAAAUAAAACGAGAGAAAAGGGGAAAGAAACCCCGCCACGGUCAAGUGCUGGAUAUCCUUUUCUCUCCCGCGAGGAAGUGCAGUGGGUGUUUUCAAAAUAAAAGGUGACGAGGAGA